AUGGCAAAUAAAAUGAAAAUUGAUAAAGAAGAAUUAAGAAAAAAGCUUACUCCUCUUCAAUAUCAAGUUACCCAAGAAAAGGGAACUGAAGAUCGUUUUAGUGGUUGUUACAAUAAAGUUUACGACGAAGGUUUAUAUGUUUGUAUAGUUUGUGACCAGCCUCUAUUUAGCUCGGAUACCAAAUAUGACAAUGGUUGUGGUUGGCCCGCAUUUAAUGAUGUUUUGGAUCAAGGAAAAAUUAAACUUGCCCCAGAUUUUAUUGAUGGUAAUAUGUCAUACAGUAAGCCACUUAAGGAGGUGACUUGCUCGAUGUGCGACUCUCAUUUGGGACACUUAACUGAAAACGAUGAAAAGAGCGCGACCAAGAAAAGAUUCUGCAUCAACUCUGCGUCUGUCAACUUCAUUCCAAAGAAAUAG